AUGGCGACAGCUAACAUCCCUUCGAUUGCCGUGGUGGCUUCAUCGCGUGCCGUUAUCUCGGGUCGUUUGACUGCGGCUACAAUUGUCAUCUCUCAGACUACUGGAAAGAUCACUGCAGUCUUUGAUUCAGUGAUUCCUUCAUCGGAGUUCCCCGCUGGUACUCCUUACACCGACUACUCUCCUUAUGUACUUUUGCCUGGUUUGGUCGAUGCUCAUGUUCACCUGAACGAGCCUGGCCGUACUGAAUGGGAGGGUUUCUACACUGGUACCCAGGCCGCUGCCUUUGGCGGUGUUACUACUGUCAUUGACAUGCCUCUGAAUGCUAUUCCCCCCACAACCACUGUUGCUGGCUUAAAGGAAAAGCUUAAGGCUGCCCAGGGCAAGUGUUGGGUUGAUGUUGGCUUUUAUGGAGGUAUCAUCCCCGGCAACGCUGCCGAACUUAAGGGUCUCGUGAACGAGGGUGUCCGUGGUUUUAAGGGUUUCUUGAUUGACAGUGGUGUUGAUGAGUUCCCUGCUGUUGGCCAAGAAGAUAUCCAAAAGGCUAUGGUUGAACUAUCAGAUGAGCCCACAACACUUAUGUUCCACGCCGAGAUGGUUCCACCCAUCACCAAGUCCGUGGGUGACGAGGUCCAGAUCUCUGAGCCACCGGCUGUCCCAGCUGGUCCCUUGGAGGCCUACUCGACCUUCUUGGCUUCCCGCCCCUCGGAGUUCGAGACAUGCGCUAUUGAGAGUAUCUUGUCCAUGGCUCACCUGGCCCCCAACCUUCAAUUGCACAUUGUCCACCUCUCGGCUAUGGAAGCCAUCCCUCUUUUGCGGGAAGCCCGUGCUCGUGGAGUCAAGAUUACCGCAGAGACCUGCUUCCACUACCUAUCCCUCGCCGCCGAAGAGGUGCGUGAUGGUGACACUCGACACAAGUGCUGCCCGCCUAUUCGCUCCAAACUGAACCAGGAUGGUCUGUGGGAGGAGCUUGAGAAGCACACCGGUGAUGGUGUUAUUAAGACUGUUGUCUCUGACCACUCCCCCUGCACUCCCGACUUGAAGCAACUUCCCUCCCACGUGCCUGGCGCUGUGAAGGGUGCCAAGGAAGAAAGCGGUGAUUUCUUCUCCGCUUGGGGUGGCAUCUCAUCCGUUGGUCUUGGUCUGCCUAUCCUCUGGACUGAAUUGAGCCGUCGUAAGGGUUUGACCCCUGCCCCUGGUGACGAGAACACCAGGAACGCUCUGCAAGACGUCGUCCGUCUCUGCUGUGCCAACACUGCCGCUCAGGUUGGUCUCGAGACCCGCAAGGGUGACCUCCGCCCUGGCUUCGACGCCGAUAUCUGUGUCUUCGAUGACUCCGCCGAGUGGGUUGUUGAGCCCAGCACGAUGCUUUUCCGCAACAAGUGCUCUCCAUACCAGGGCCGGACCCUGCGCGGUAUGGUCCGUGAGACUUGGCUGCGUGGUGACCGUGUCUUCAGCCGUGAGCAUAACUUCGGUGACAAGGCCCCAGCUGGCAAGCUACUCCUUGAGAAACGGGUUUAG